AUGACCAAAACAUUGUUUGUCAAUGGCCGGAUCCUGUCCAAGACAGAGACGGGCCUCAACGGCAAAGCCCAUUUCUCAGACUGCAUGCUCAUACAAGACGACAAAAUCGUCGCAAUCGGGUCUCGUAACGAGAUCUCUCAAGCCCUAGGUUCAGAUAUACAGAUUCGCGAUCUUGAUCAGCGUGUUAUUCUUCCCAGCUUCAUUGAUGGCCAUAUGCAUCUGCUCCUCCUCGGGACUUAA